AUGGCUCGUAGUUUUACGGUGGUUAUAGUGUUAUUGACCAUCGUGUGUCACCAACUCAUGAGCACCAGUGCUGCCACUAAUGCCGAAAACGGAUGGGUCGAUGCUCAUGCCACUUUUUACGGGGGCAGGAAGGGUGAAGAAACUAUGCAAGGAGCGUGUGGGUACGGCAGUCUCUUCGAGCAAUCCUACGGCUUAGCGACAGCGGCUCUAAGCACAGCUUUGUUCAACAACGGAACCACGUGCGGUGCAUGCUAUGAGAUCAUAUGCGUCAACGCUCCACAGUCAUGCAUCAAAGGAGCGAGACCUAUACGCGUUACAGCUACUAACUGGUGCCCACCGAACUACAGAGAUGGUAGUUGGUGCAAUCCGCCACGGAAACAUUUCGAUCUUUCGCUACCGAUCUUUCUCAAGAUCGCUAAGUACAAAGCAGGGAUCGUUCCGGUGAAGUACAGGAGAGUCAUGUGUCCGAAAAAGAGUGGUGUCAAGUUUCAGUUAGCUGGAAAUCCUUAUUUCUUGAUGGUUACUGUUUUCAACGUUGGACGUGUGGGUGUUGUGGUUGAGGUUAAGGUGAAAGGUUCGAAGACUGGUUGGAUUCAGAUGACGAGGAAUUGGGGACAGGUUUGGGAUACGAAUACGGUGUUAACCGGACAGAGUUUGUCGUUUUUGGUUGCUACAAGUGAUAGGAAACGUUUAAAGUUUAAUAAUGUUGCUCCAUCUAAUUGGCAGUUUGAUAAAACUUAUGAUGGCAAGAUUAAUUUUUAG